UGAUAAAAACCGAAAAGCUAGCAUUGUGUUCUCUUUUCCGUAGAAGUAAUCCCCUUCAAUUGUCUAGAUACCUACAUAAUAACUACACAAUUCCCAACGUAAUUAGCGCAGGUCAAGAGAGUGGGGGAUUUACCUCGGCCCGCUCGACUGUCCAUGCAUCGGCAAUUCAUCUCAUUGCUACUUGCAUGUCGCCGUAACUUACGCCGCCCGAUCGCAUUCUCAUAUCACCAACUUUGUGUUCCUAAGGAUUCGUAAAGCGUGAGAAAAAUAAGCUGGCGUAUACACGCACCACGUCAUUGUAAUCCUUCUAGAUUCGCAUUCGAUUCAGCAAUGUCGUCCGAGCAUUAUCGCAUCGACGAGCAUGUAUUGGAGGCUUCACAUAUCCGAGGGUUCCACAGAACAACCGCUACAUCCCAGGAAGAGGUAUUGCGAUUGGCUAUCAAGCAAUACACGCCGUUGAACAAUACCAAUCCGAAGCCUGGAGAUAUUACUAUUGUUGCCGCGCAUGCAAACGCCUUCCCCAAGGAACUAUACGAACCACUUUGGGACGAUCUCCUCAAACUUUCCCAGCAGCAGAACUUCGGCAUUCGUGGGAUAUGGAUCGCAGACGUAGUACACCAAGGCCAAAGCGGCAUCCUCAACGAAACCAAACUAGGAGAUGACCCGGCCUGGCUCGACCACAGCCGCGACCUCCUCCACAUGAUCAACACCUUCCGCGCCCAAAUGCCCCGACCCAUCAUCGGCAUCGGUCACAGUAUGGGCGGCGCCCAACUAACCAAUCUAUCUCUCUUACACCCCCGCCUCUUCGAAACCCUCAUCCUCAUCGACCCAGUCAUCCAGGAAACAAUCUCCCUCUCCGGCAACGUCUCACCGGCCCACGCCUCCGUCAACCGCCGCGACCGCUGGCCCUCGCGCAACGAAGCCGCAACAAGCAUGUUGAAGAAUCGAUUCUACCAAGCUUGGGACAGACGCGUUUUCGACCGAUGGGUGGCAUUCGGGUUACGCGAUCUACCAACUGAGCUCUACCCUUCUUCAUCCUCCUCCUCUUCCUCUUCUCAGUCAUCAUCAACAACAACAACAACACCAACAAUCUCCACAGAACCAACAUCCGCACCCCCUCCUCCACCCUCCGACCCAGAAGUAACUCUAACAACAACAAAACACCACGAAGUAUCCACCUUCCUACGCCCAAACUUCGCCCCUCUUAACCCCUCAACCCCUUCUUCAUCGACAUACUCCCUUGCAAACCCUAGUGCAAUCAACCGCCGCACCCACCCAGAUCUCUACCCAACUACAAUCCCACAGACGCCGUUUUACCGCGGCGAGUCAAUGAUGCUGCACCACAUGCUACCCUUUAUCCGUCCCUCGGUGUUCUACAUUUUCGGCGAGACCUCGUUUUUCACGGGGCCCAUGAUCGACGAGAAGAUGGAACGGACAGGGACGGGUGGUGGCGGGAGUGGAGGAGCGAAGGAAGGGAGAGUUGAGAAGGUUGUUGUGAAGGGCGCGGGGCAUUUGAUUCCUAUGGAGAAGGUUGGGGAGACGGCCGAGGUUGCGGCGCGGUGGAUUGGGAGGGAGAUUGAGAGGUGGAGGGUUUGGGAGAGGGAGGAUGAGGCAGAGUGGGCGGGGAGGAAGGGGGUUGAGAGGAGGGUCUUGACGGAGAGGCAUAAAGAGGAGUUGAAGGCUUGGGGGGAAUCGGCGAGACCGAAGAAGGUGGGGAAGGCGAAGUUGUAGAGAGUAGGCAGUUCGUCGUUCUUGUGUUAGAGGUAGUUAGUCAUAUACACGUUCGUCACGGGAAACUGCACUCAGUCAUGG